AUGAUACAAAGACCAAAGCCUGGUGAAAACGAGGAUGAUAUCUUAAGAAUGCAAGAUGAAUUUCUGAGAGAGAAAAAUAAGGAUCGGAACAUGCAGCCCUCUGCACAAGUGGUAAAUUUACGCCGUACCGAACAUCUUACAACAAAAAGACCUAACAAUAACGAAUUAGGCACGCGGAAACCGUCAAAGUAUGCUCUGUCUAAGGGUCUUACGAAUAAUGCAGAAAAACGGCCUCGUACGGAAGAUAAUAAAGGUCCUGUUAUUGGUGAAAUCUUGGAAAAAAAUAGUGAAUCAACGUUGUUAGAGAUAGACGAUGAUAAGGUAUAUUUUCCUAAAGUAAUACCUAAAAUUUUAGGAAGUAUUGUUGAAAAGAAUGUCGGCAGUUUUUGUGAUUUUGACAUCAAGGUGAUGCCUUCGGAAGGUUUUCCUGCAGUGACUAAAUGUGAUCCAAAUAUAAAGCCUGGACAUAAAAGUUUACAUGCAUUACAUAUAGAAAAGUUAAAGAGUACAAAAGAAGAAAAAAUGGAUAUGGAUGAAUGUCAAUGUUCAGUUGUAAAAAGUGAUAUACCUAAACAAACAUUAAAUCUUUUCACUAAGAGUUACAUCUUGUCAUCAGAGGAUGCAGAAUCAAUACAUAAUGAGAAUAUUGAAAUUCUAGGGAAAAUGUCCGAAAAAGAAAUAUUGGAAGAAAAACAAAAGUUACUGUCCAGUUUAGACCCAAAAUUAAUUGAAUUUAUAAAGACCAAACGAAAACAAACUACCACUGACACAAACCUGCAACAUACCCCUACCAUUAAAUUAAGUAAUACACAGCAAAUUGAUAUGAGUAUACAGGAAUUGAAGAAAGAAAAUGUUAAUGCAGAUCAAAAUGUUGAGGAACAAAAACAAGUUGAUGAAAGUUUAUGGGAAAAUGAUGUUCUUUCAAAUCCUAAUAUCAACCAAUGGCUUCAUUUUGAUUCUUUUGAAAAAGAUAAGUUAGAAUGGAUGAAAGCAAUAGCAGAAAGCAAAAAAGCUAAGCCGAAUGGGUCUUAUGAAGCAAGAUUUAACUUCAAGGGUUACCUGCUGCCUUAUACAAUGGACUAUACAGAAGAAACAAAAACACUCUUUCAUCAUGGCGAAGAUCCACACAGACCAGGAUACUCUCUCACAGAACUCAUUGAGUUGUCUCGCUCAACAAUAACUCAACAACGGUAUAUGGCUUUAAAUACUAUAGCUGGUAUUCUAGAAUAUUAUAAUGCUGGUACUUACAAAGAUGUUAUAGAACUGCCUUUAAGUAAAAUCUUUUUUAUUGUUAGAAUAGCUAUGGAUGAAAAUAAAACCAUUAUCUUAGAACCUGCAUUAAAAGCUAUGAGAAAUUUAAUUUACAAUAGAGUUGAUGAGGCGUCUCUUGAUGCUUUGGUAGGUUUUGGAGAAGGCCUUUAUCAACCCUCUCUUGAAAAUGAUAAAUCUGAAAUUGAGGAACUUGAAUCGAAUGAAUCUGAGUUAAAAGAUUAUCAUUUAGCUGAAAUUGACUUGAUAACUGCUCUUCUUAGAACUGAUAUUCUACAAAGGCUUUUCUACAUAAUGGACACAAUUAAACCAAGUUUUAAUUGUGUCCAAUAUUGUUUACAAAUUUUAACAAGACUUGCUAGAGAUUCAAUAGAAAUUGCAAGUAAAAUUGUCGCAACCGAUCAUCUGAUGCUUACUAUUUUAAAUAAUUUUGUACCCACAACAAGUGUUAAUUUCAAUUUUGAUCCACAUAUUGUAUAUAAUGGUAAACCAAUAUUAGCUGCUUUAAAACUGUUUCGUAUCCUCUCUUUACAAUGUCGAGAAAUUGGAGAUUUAUUAAUAAAUAAUUAUGACAUUUUAAAACCAUUGUCAGAAUAUAUAAGUUCAGGAGUCGAUGGCACUUAUGGCAUGCAUUUGCAAAUUGAAGCAUUGUGCAUAUUAUCUAAUUUACUUCAUUAUGGACUGGGUAUUGAAAAUGCACUGUCCAUCUGUCCCAUUAUUGUGACCACUGUUUACAAGCAUGUGCAAGGGACUGAUGUAUUUUUUAAUUCAUCUGUGAUAUCUGCAACUCAUGCCGCUGUGGUUUUACAAUUUGUAAAUAAACUACUACAAUGUACUAAGCUUGAUCUUCACAAUUUUAAACAUCAAAUUUAUCCAUUAUUGAAGGAGGGAGUACAAAAAUGGUUAUCACAAGCUGCUAGUUUUGGAAGGUUCACAUGUGGUCACUUACGAGUUGUAAGCUCUGUACUGGAUUGUUGUGCUACUAUAAUAUUAAAUGAAAAUAUUACAUUGCCAUUCCUAAAUGCUUCCCUUGAGAAGCUUAUUCAUUCACAAGGAUUAAAAGAAAUUAUGAAACACCUAGUGCAAAGUUCAAAUUUAUUAUCAGGAAUUGAAAAUCAUCAUUUUCAUAUUAUUAAGAAUCUUGUAACUCUUGAGAGUCUUGUCAUUGAUUCAAGACAAAAGGAAUUACCUAUAUUAAAUGUAACAUCUCCUAUACCUUUUCUUGCAUCUGUUUCUAAAAUUUUAUCAAUAGUAAAUGAAAAAUGUAUUUCAAACAGUUUCCUUGACAAGGUUUUGAUGUAUCUAACAAUAUUGGCAAAUAAAACUCUCAGUCUGUCUGAAAAUUGGUUUACUAGAAUGGAAACAGACUUUGUAUUUAACAUUGUAAGGACUGCAAUUCAAUGUGAUGUUGGAGAAUCUAAAAAAGAUUUACUGUACAUAGUUGCUAAUAAGCUCUGUUAUAUACUUCGUGCUGAUAAAAGUUAUGAAUUAGAGUUUCUUUUCAAACACAUAAUAUUUAAUAAACAAUGGUUUACAGCAGAAAGGCUUUUUAAUCUUGUUUCUUUAUCCGAAAAGGAUGGGUUCUCAAAAGUACUGUCAAAUGUAGAGGGUAUUAAAAAUUGUUACAGUAAAGUGAUUAAUCUUAAUGACAUUAAUAUUCAACCAAAUAUUUUGUUAAAAAAAUGGAAAGAACCAAUUCUACCAAGGGAUUGGAUUUAUUUGCCUGUUUUAUCAAUUUAUAGUAAAAGUCAGGAAGUUAAUGUAACACCUAAAGUUGUUGGUGACCAUGCUGACAAAAUACUUAAGCAAAUAGCCCAAGAAAAGGAACUUAUUAUCAGCUGUAGUUUAGAAUGGAUUCUUUUUAAUGAAAUAUGUUUCUCAGAUCUCCUUGAUGAAAUUGAUGUUACUGACAGAUUUUGUAGAAUUAUGUGUGUUUUCCUUUGUGAUAACUCAUUAUUUUUGGAACCCACAAUCAAAAUUCUUUUACAGAAAUGUACAAAAGUAUUGUUUAAGAAAAACUAUAAAUUUAAUUUCGAUAAAGAGCUAACUGGAUUAAAUAACUUUCAAGAUUUUUAUAUGCAGUUGUUGGAGCAAUUUCAGGGUGUAAGUUAUGGGGACCCUUGUUUUGCUGCAUGUGUGCUCGUACCGUUGGCUCAAAAGCACAAUGUGAAGUGGCGCAAAAUAUUAUGGUCAGAAUAUGCUGGAUGUUUAAGAGCAUUAGACUGCCCAGAUAGCUAUUUGUGUUAUGAUUUACAAGAUUAUUUGUAUCCAGAAGAAACUGAAGAUUCUCUUUUGAAAUGUUACUUCCGAGCAUUGAACAGUAAUUUACUGAGACCUGGAACAAUUGUCUAUAAAAUAGCAGAACACCAUGUAAAGAAUUUAAAGCUGCGAAGUAAACAAGAUGAUCAGUAA